UCCAUGUGCAGGACCAACCGUGGCACUGUGGGUGGAUACUUUCUUGCUGGAAGAAAUAUGGUCUGGUGGCCGGUGGGAGCAUCUCUCUUUGCAAGUAACAUCGGCAGUGGACAUUUUGUUGGUCUGGCAGGUACUGGAGCAGCUAGUGGACUGGCAGUUGGAGGAUUUGAGUGGAAUGCUCUCUUUGUGGUAUUGCUGCUUGGAUGGCUGUUUGUUCCUGUCUAUCUGACAGCAGGGGUCAUCACAAUGCCGCAGUACUUGAAGAAACGGUUUGGUGGGAAUCGCAUCAGGCUGUACCUUUCUGUCUUGUCACUGUUUCUGUACAUCUUUACAAAAAUCUCGGUGGACAUGUUUUCUGGAGCAGUGUUCAUCCAGCAAGCACUCGGCUGGAAUAUAUAUGUUGCUGUCUUGGCAUUACUGGGAAUCACAGCUCUCUACACUGUUACAGGGGGACUAGCUGCACUGAUGUAUACAGACACAGUCCAGACCUUCGUCAUCAUCGCUGGAGCCUUUGUGUUGAUGGGGUUUGCCUUCCAUGAAGUUGGUGGGUAUGAAGGUCUCUUUGAAAAGUACAUGUAUGCCAAAACCAACAUGACACUGUCCAGAAACCCUGAACUAUACAACAUUACAGAGAAUUGUUACACCCCUCGACCAGACUCCUACAACCUUCUACGGGAUCCGUUAUCUGGAGACUUGCCAUGGCCUGGCCUCAUUUUUGGCAUCACUAUCAUUUCCCUGUGGUUCUGGUGCAGCGACCAGGUCAUUGUCCAGCGGUGCUUGGCGGCAAAGAAUCUGACCCAUGUUAAAGCAGGCUGCAUCCUCUGUGGUUACAUUAAGCUGUUACCAAUGUUCUUAAUGGUGAUGCCAGGCAUGAUCAGCCGAAUUCUCUAUCCAGAUGAGGUGGGCUGUGUCAUACCUGAGGAGUGUAAACGUAUCUGUGGGACAGAAGUUGGCUGCUCCAAUAUCGCUUACCCAAAGCUUGUUGUGUCGCUCAUGCCGAUCGGGGUAAGAGGCCUGAUGUUGGCCGUCAUGCUGGCUGCCCUGAUGAGCUCCCUGGCUUCCAUCUUUAACAGCAGCAGUACCCUCUUCACCAUGGACAUCUGGACCAAGCUGAGACCAAAGGCAGGAACCAAAGAACUCAUGAUCGUUGGCAGGGUAUGGAUCCUGUUUAUUGUAGCACUCAGUAUUGCAUGGAUUCCAGUUGUGCAGGCAGCCCAGGGGGGCCAGCUGUUUGACUACAUCCAAGCCAUCACUAGUUUCCUCGCACCACCCAUUGCUGCCGUCUUCCUCCUUGCCAUUUUUGUGCAGCGAGUGAAUGAACCGGGUGCUUUCUGGGGCUUGAUGAUAGGCCUUGCGAUGGGGCUAGUCCGGAUGAUUCCAGAAUUUGUUUUUGGCACUGGCAGUUGUAUCUUCCCAUCAAAAUGUCCUGCCAUCAUUUGCAAGGUUCACUACCUGUAUUUUGCCAUCAUCCUCUUCUUCGCAAGUAGCACUGUGGUGCUCCUCGUGUCCUAUGGCACCUCACCAAUUGACAAGAAGCAUCUGCAUCGAUUGGUGUUCAGUUUACGAUACAGUCAGGAGGAGCGAGUGGACCUUGAUGCAGAGGAGGAAGAAGCCAGAAAAACAGCCCAACAGCAGGAAGUGAUGGAAAAUGGAACACUUGAAAUGCAGACAGAAGCAGGAGAUGAGAGGAAGAAAAAGAAUCCCCUACGGCUAUGCUUUGAAUGGUUCUGUGGUAUUAGUAAUGAGCCUGCCAAGGACACAGUUACUGAAGAGGAAAAUGCAGCUGCCCAAGAAAACUUAACGGACAUCUCCGAGGAUCCCAUCUGGAGAAAAGUUGUGAACAUCAACGCCAUUAUCAUGAUGUGUGUUGCCAUCUUCCUCUGGGCAUAUUUUGCAUAGAACAUCCCCCUCCACCCAAGACUCUUAAAAAAUACCUGUCCUUUCAAAGAAUUAUGAACUGGGAACACAAAUCUUUUAUGGUACCUUUCAAGGGACAGGCACAGACUAAGGAGUGAUGCAUUCCCUCCAAGCACCAUAUACCUGUACCAUCACAGAAGCAGCUUAAAGAAACUAGACAGUUCAUUCUGUACCAAUAUUUCAAGUGCAGUUUGAUCUGUUACAUUCUUUAGCUACAGACGCUAGGGAUUACUUAACAGUGAUCUGUUUAAACAGUAAAUAUGUGACAUAUAGAUUGUAACUAAUAGUACAGAAGUGUAAGUGUUAUUAAACAGCCUCUUUGCUGACUUGGACUCUUCCCUCCACAAAACAGGAAAAGUGACGUGGGUCACUGAACAUUUGUGGGAUACUUUCAGAAGGAUCAGGUAAGUAAUUUGCCCUACAAAGGGUAACUAAAGUCCUUAUAACCACCACACAUUCUAGAGUGCCUUACAGAAUGGACCAUCUACUUUAUUACUUAUUCUUAGUUAACCUCUGGCCUGUAAAUAUACGUACCAUCAUGGCAGUGUGUCAUGGAUUUCAAUAUGGGAGGCGCACAAAGUUUUACAUCAUCAGUCUGUAAUGCUUUUUUACAAUUACAUAUUCUUGGCACUUGGUGAUGUCAGACAAAAUGCAGCAAAAAUGACUACCUGAAAAAGCAGAAUCUUAGAACAGUCAACUGAUGUAUGGAGUUACACAAGCCAUCACAAUUUUAAACCCUGCAGUUAUUUUUAUGGUGAAGCCCUGUUCUGCAAACACACACAGACCCAACCUACUCAGAAGUUCCAAACUCUGCAGUUGCAUUCUCUCAGAAAACAGAAUAGUCCUUUAUUCCCCAGUGGCUGUAUUAUUGGGAUACUAUAAUUAUAUCCUGCAUCAUCAGCUUUACACUGAGUUAUGAGAUUCAACAAUUUUCCCUUUCAGUCUGUAAUUUAUUAUGUGUUGUGUUUUGGUGAUUCAUUAUGUACCCCCUUUCUUGUAAUAAGUAAAGAGAUUAGCUGAAGUUAUCAUCAGUGAGUGAUUUAUAAAAUGGUGCCUUCAGGUCUUACACUCCCUCCCCACCAAACUACCACAAGUAAUUUAAGAAGGUUAUGCCUUCAUCACGUGACCCUGUGCUGCAUGGGUACACUUUCCCAGGCCAUAGUUCACCUCAAUUAAUUUUAUCAGUGCGCUCCAGUCUUAUUCAAAACCAUCAGUCAAGAUUUUCAUUUCACUUUUCUGCCCAUGUUUGUCAUUCCCAGUGUCCAUCUCAAAGUCCUGAUCCAUUAUUUAUGUAAUUGUCACACCAAACUCCAUUGUAUGUACCUACCCCCUUUAACUCACAUGUUUACUGAUACCCCUCCUAUUUGUCUGCUAUUUACUUUUUUGCCCACGCCUCUCUGGAAGCGGACUCCUCUAUCAGCAGAUAUUCUUCUGUACCUCUUAAGGUAGGCUCAUUGUACAGCAUCUUCAGUGAGGUCCCUGUAUCUCACACUUGCAAUAACCAUUGUCCUAUGAACCUGUUGUUUAAACAAUUAUUCUAUUUCUUUCCAUUCCAAACACACACCUGUUUUAUUCAGACUCUUUUUGUCACUGUAAGCACCCUCUUCUGAACCAGUUCCUUACAAUGUUUGUGCUUUAAUGCAUGUCUUAGCUGUCAUCCCCACCCUCAACUUCUGAUACUCAGCCCACUGUAUCUCCCAGACCUCAUCACAGUCUUACAACACUCCAAAUCAUCCAUCCCUCAACCAAACUGCACUUACACCUCUUGUACUCUAAUCUUAUUACGUGACAAAACCAGCACCCCAUAUAUUCUGUCCCCAUAUAUCCUCUCCAGUGCCUAACUGCACCCACACCUCCUAUUCCCCGAUGUACUGUAUUCCACAUUCCUAUCUCCUCAACCCAUAUCUCCUACUCCCCACUCUGCAUACCACAAUGCCUGUCCCCUAACAUUGCUACACUCCACAUUUUCCACUCCUCACCUUGUUACUCUUCACGAUGUUCUCUGCCCAUUACAUGCAUCCUGUCCUUAAUGCACUGCAAACCUAAUGCCUCAUAUUGUACCUAUCAGCCCAAAACCUAUUACACCUGCCACCCCAACCUCACUCUCUACCACAUCAUCUCCUCUCAACAGUGAUGAUCUCCCCACCUCCCACCCCUUAGCUCUUCUAUUACCCAUCUUACCAUACUCUACAUUUCACAUCCCCCUAACCUUAUUACAGCUCUUGUCUUCCAUCCAUAACUUUUAUCUCACCUAAAUGCAAAGAUGCCAUCCCUCACUGAUAUUACCACACUGUACUGGUCAUUCCUCCCACUUCUCACUGACCUUACUACUGCCAGAUUCCCUUCAAAAGCUCAAAGUUGCAAAACUACGAACUGCAAAUGGUUGAGACCAUAGGAUCAAAGUUGUGAAACUUCGAACAUUUUGAAUGCAGAUCGACAUACAGUGCGGAACAAGAAAUGUACCAUUUCCCUCACUAUAGUGAGAUCUCAGAGUUGGUAUAUUUAUUUAGCAGGGGGGAUGUGGGUGCAAGGGGCUUGCCCCC